AUGGAAAGAGCCGCAAAUCUAAUUUUAACAGCAGGAUCCGUACUUGUUGGUGGUGGAAUACUAUUUAAAUCAUUCUUUUAUACAGUAGACGGAGGCUAGAGAGGAUUAAUAUUUGAUCGUUUCCAAGGAGUCAAGGAAAAUGUCUAUGGGGAAGGAAUGCAUUUUUUCAUCCCUGUUAUUUAAUCUCCAAUUGUUGCAGAGGUUAGAUUGUAACCCAAAACAGUGGCAUCUCAUACUGGUACAAAAGACUUGUAAACAGUUGAUAUUGCAAUCAGAAUGCUUCACAAACCCAUUGAAUCAUAUUUGCCUGAGAUUUAUAAAACUAUUGGUUUGAAUUAUGAAGAGAAGAUUCUCCCAUCAAUUGCAAAUGAGGUGUUAAAGGCAGUAGUUGCUUAAUAUGAUGCAGAUCAAUUAAUCAAAAUGAGAGAGAAGAUCUCAUAAGAAAUUAAGGAAGGUUUGAUUGAAAGAGCCAAGGAGUUUAAGAUAGUAUUGGAUGAUGUGUCAAUCACUCAUUUAGGAUUUAUGAAGGAAUAUGCUUAGGCUAUUGAGGCAAAGCAAGUGGCUUAAUAAUUGGCUGAGAGAUAGAAGUUCAUUGUGUUGAGAGAUGAAGAAGAAAAGAAUGCCAAAGUCAUAUUGUCUGAAGGAGAAUCAGAGGCAGCCAGAUUGAUCAAUGAUGCAGUCAAAUAAUACGGAACAGCUUAAAUCGAGAUAAAGAAGUUAGAGACAGCUAAGCAUAUUGCCGAGUAAUUAGCCAAGAGUCCAAAUAUUACAUGGGUGCCAACUGGAAAUGGAGUAUCAAAUUUGUUGAAUUUGAAGACUUUUUGAUAGAUUAUGAUCGUUAUUAUUUUAAAGGGAUUUCUAAAUUUUAGCUAUAGAGAUUAUUUUAA